AUGAGAGCACCGCCUGAACCAAUUCCAAAGCCAAUGAACGCCAUACCAAAUCCUCCAGGAAGAAUCCAGUGGAUUCCAUUGUUUAAUCCCAAUCCGUACAUCAGUAAACCAGUCGAAUUAAUGACUGCAGGAAGCAACAGGAACCAUAACCGGUAUUCUGGCUCAAGAACACCAUCACGUUUUCUAGCCAUCCAGAGAACAAAUUUGUCGGAAAGUAUGCCUCCCCAGAAUGCUCCAAAGAAACAUCCAAUAAGUGCACUGAAGUUUGUAUCUCCAAGUGCAGCAGUACCAAAAUUGUAUGGCGGAACAACAAAGAACUCGGCCUCGGUGGUCGAUAGCAACGAAAGCCACAUAACUUGGACACCAUAA